AUGCGGCCGUCAGACUCUACCGACACGGCCGCCGCCCCAUGGGCCGACCUCCUGCCGGAGCUGUGCGGCCACGUCGUGGACCGCCUCGACGCCUUCAGCGCCCUCCGAUUCCCCGCCGUCUGCAAGUCCUGGGCCGCCGCGUGCGAGGGGGCUCCCCGUCGCUUGCGGUCGGGCGCCCCCACGCUGCUCACCUCCGCCCCGGACGGCGACAGGGCGGCCACCUUCGCCCUGAACGACGUGUCUUCCGGCAAAUCCUUCCACGCCGAGGCCGAGGGGCUCGAGAACAGGUGGUGGAUUGGCGCCAAGGACGACUGGCUAGUGACCAUGGACGCCGGGUUCGACAUCGAGCUCCUGAACCCUGCCACCGGCGACGGGGUCCGCCUGCCCUCCUUCACCACCAUCCCCAGAGCGACCAUAGAGGACGACGUGCUCUGCGUCGCGCCGAGGUCAGUCUACCGUUUCCAGCAGGUGGCGCUGUGCCGGACGCCCGCGCACCGGGACGGCUACCUGGCCAUUGCAAUGUUCGAUUGUUUGCUGGCGUUCACGGCGGCCGGAGACGAUUGCUGGACGACGUUGAGGAACCACCGCGAAGGAUUCCUGACGUACGGGGACACCAUCGCCCACGAGGGGAAGAUAUUAGCCGUCAGCUUGAGCGGCCACGUCUAUUCUUGGGACAUUGUCGGUACUCUGUAG